CCCGUAUAGAAUAACCUGAGCUGUAAACAUUUCAACUAUGCGGUGAAAAUCACUGUAAUUUAAGAUAAAACUCUAGAUUAGGUAUACAGUCAGUAGUUGUAGUAUGACAGAUUUGUCAUUUUAAGUAAAAUUCAAUAUUGGUAUAGAUUCAAUUUUAGCCUUUUACAAUGGCAAGACCAAUAAAUCCUUGUCAGAAAAAGCUAGCAGAGAAACUAAUUCUCGUUAAUGAUCGAGGAAUUGGCAUGCUUACUAGAAUUUAUAAUAUCAAAAAGGCUUGUGGAGAUGCCAAAUCAAAACCAGGGUUUUUAUCUGAUAAGUCUCUGGAAUCUUCAAUUAAGUAUAUUGUUCGAAGAUUUCCUAACAUUGAUAUUAAAAGUCUUCAACCAAUAACACAAAUCCGAAGUGAAAUAAUCAAAUCUUUAUCCCUUUAUUACUAUACAUUUGUUGAUCUGUUGGAUUUCAAGGACAAUGUCUGUGAAUUACUUACUACAAUGGAUGCCUGUCAAUUAAAUUUGGAUAUAACUGUCAAUUUUGAGUUAACUAAAAGUUAUCUUGAUUUAUGUGUUACUUAUGUCUCUUUGAUGAUAUUAUUAUCACGUGUAGAGGAUAGAAAAGCUGUUCUUGGUUUGUUUAAUGCUGCUUAUGAAAUGAUGCAUAAUCAAAGUGAUCAAAGUUUUCCCCGCUUGGGACAAAUGAUAAUGGAAUAUGAUCCUCCAUUGAAGAAGCUGUCAGAAGAAUUUGUUCCUCACACAAAACUUCUUCACUCUGCUUUACUGUCUUUAAGAACUGUUUAUAUGAAUCGAAAUUUGUCUGCUGAUAAGUGGAGGUCUGAUCAGAAAUUGAGUCUAGUUGGAAACCCAGGACAACUUCUUAAGCCUCUUCAAACAGAAAAUAUGUCCUGUGAAUAUCUUUCAUUGGAAACAAUGGAUAAAUGGAUAAUAUUUGGUUUCCUUCUCUGCCACCAACAUGGUUUAGCUCAGCUUGAUCAAGGUCAUAAAAUGUGGUUAAGUGCUUUAGAAUCCAGUUGGGUGAUUGCUUUAUUCAGAGAUGAAGUGAUUUAUAUACAUUCUUACAUCCAAAGUCUGUUUGAUACCAUUAAAGGUUAUGGUAAAAGGAUCUCAGAAGUAAAAGAUUGUUUCAAUCAUGCCAUUCAGAAAGCAACUUAUAAACAUAGAGAAAGGAGAAAAUUUUUGAGAACUGCCUUAAAGGAACUUGCUUUAAUACUUACAGAUCAACCUGGAUUGUUAGGGCCAAAGGCACUUUUAAUUUUUAUUGGUCUUUGCUUCGCCAAAGAUGAAAUAUACUGGCUUUUACGGCACAACGAUAACCCACCACAGCAGAAAGGAAAAGGAAAAAAUUCUGAAGAUCUUGUUGACAGACAAUUACCCGAGUUACUUUUUCACAUGGAAGAAUUACGCAUUUUAGUCCGGAAAUAUAGUCAAGUAAUACAGAGGUACUAUAUUCAAUAUCUGACUGGGUUUGACGCUAUUGCACUUAAUCAGAUGAUGCAGAACUUGACUGUUUGUCCUGAAGAUGAAAGCAUUAUUCUCUCAUCACUAUGUAGUACCAUUGCAAAUUUAAGUGUAAAACAAGUUGAAGAUAAUGAAAUUUUUGACUUCCAAGGUCUCAGAUUGGAUUGGUUCCGUUUACAAGCCAGUACAUCUGUUUCUAAAUCUCCUUUACCUUUGAUUGAAAAGCGAGACCUGGCAUCUUUACUGGAUACUGUAGUUUUUCAUACAAAAAUGGUAGAUUAUUUAGAUGAAAUACUUGUAGAAACCUCGGAUCUUUCUAUUUUUUGCUUUUACAAUAAAAUUUUUGAAGAUCAAUUUCACAUGUGCCUAGAAUUUCCUGCUCAAAAUCGAUAUAUCAUAGCUUUCCCUCUAAUUUGUAAUCAUUUCCAAAGCUGUACUCAUGAUUUAUGCCCAGAGGAGCGACAUCACAUCAGAGAACGUAGCCUUUCAGUUGUAAAUAUGUUUCUAGAAGAAAUGGCCAAAGAAGCUAAGAAUAUCAUAACGACCAUUUGUGAUGAGCAAUGUACAAUGAGUGAUAAACUUCUUCCAAAACAUUGUGCUUUACCAAUUGCACAGAUUGUCAAUCGCAAGAAAAAGGACAAAAAUAAAAAAAGUAUUCCUGAAAUGACAAAACCUGGAACUGAGAGUUACAGAAAAACUAGGGAGGAAUUGACCACGAUGGAUAAAUUACACAUGGCUUUGACUGAACUUUGUUUUGCUCUUAAUUAUUGUGCUACGAUCAAUGUGUGGGAGUAUACUUUUGCUCCACGAGAGUAUUUGCAUCAACAUUUAGAAAAUAGAUUUUCACGUGCCCUUGUUGGAAUGGUUAUGUUUAACCCAGAUACAAAUGAAAUAGCAAAGCCAUCAGAACUGCUUGCAAGUGUUAGAGCUUAUAUGAAUGUACUUCAGACUGUUGAAAAUUAUGUCCAUAUUGACAUUACAAGAGUUUUUAAUAAUGCAUUAUUACAACAAACACAGCAAGUAGAUAGCCAUGGAGAAAAAACGGUUGCUGCAUUGUAUACGCAAUGGUAUUCAGAUGUUCUCCUUAGACGUGUUAGUGCUGGUAGCAUAUGUUUCUCCAUGAAUCAAAAGGCAUUUGUAAGUUUAACUGCUGAGGGUGCUAUUCCAUUUAAUGCUGAAGAAUUUUCAGAUAUUAAUGAGUUGCGUGCCCUAGCUGAAUUAAUUGGACCAUACGGAAUGAAAUUACUGAAUGAAACCUUAAUGUGGCACAUUGCUGGCCAAGUUCAAGAACUAAAAAGAAUAGUUGCUAGUAACAAAGAUGUUUUGGUGGCAUUGAGAACACAUUUUGACAAACCUGACAUAAUGAAGGAGCAAUUCAAGAAAUUGACGUCUGUUGAUAAUGUUUUACAAAGGAUGACAAUAAUCGGGGUGAUACUUUGCUUUCGCCAAUUAGCUCAGGAAGCUUUGGUUGAUGUUUUGGAGGAAAGAAUACCAUUUUUGCUAACCUCAAUACUUGACUUUUGUCAGCAUUUACCUGGUGGUGAUACAAGUGUGGUAUGUGAAAUGGCAUCAGCUGCUGGAUUAUCUUGUAAAGUGGAUCCUACUCUGGCAGCACAACUUAAACUACAAAAGAGUGAAAUAGAUGAAGAUGAGCAUUUACUUGCAUGCCUGUUAAUGGUGUUCAUAGCAGUUUCUAUACCAAAACUUGCACGUAGUGACAACUCUUUCUAUAAAGCUUCCUUAGAGGGUCAUGGAAAUAAUAUUCAUUGUAUGGCAUCUGCUAUUAAUAAUAUUUUUGGAGCUCUUUUCACGAUAUGUGGCCAAGGUGACAUUGAAGAUAGAAUGAAGGAAUUUUUGGCUUUGGCUUCUUCGAGUUUACUUCGGCUUGGACUUGAAGCUGACAAAGAAAUGACAAAGCAUAGAGAAUCAGUUUAUUUACUUCUUGACCUCAUUGUCCAGGAAUCACCAUUUCUUACAAUGGAUUUACUUGAAUCCUGUUUUCCUUAUGCUCUCAUUAGGAAUGCAUAUCAUGCUGUUUACAAACAAGAAAACUUUCAACCUUAGUCAUUUAAUCAUUAAUUUUUCUUUUCUCCAUUUUCUUUCAUAUAUUUAUACUGAAGUAGAUUAUAUCCAUAUUUAAUAUUUUUGUAUAUGAACGUAGUGUAUAGAGCUUCUAUA